AUGUUCCGUCAAAUCAAUGUUCAUCCCAAUGACUGGAAGUUCCAGAGGAUACUUUGGACUGAUCAUCAAUCAAGCACCAGCGAGCCUGCAAUAUACGAUCUUACAACCGUUACUUACGGUACAAAACCAGCACCAUACUUAGCACGUCGCGUUCUUAAACAACUUCUCAGCGACGAGGGCCACAAGUUCCCAUUAGCAAUCGAACCUUUUGAAAAGGGUAGCUACGUCGACGACAUCACCGGAGGUGCUGAUACUCUCUCACGUCUCAACGAAAUCGCGUCUCAGGUUAAAGCUCUCUGUCUCACCGGGUGUUUUCCAGUAGCGAAGUGGAAAAGCAGUCAUCCAUCGUUCUGUAAAGUCAACUCAUCAAAUCUCAGCAGCAAUACAUCUCACCAGUUCGAUGAGUCUACGUGCCAUACGUCUCAAACUUCGGCCAUCACGAAACGCAUCAUACUGUCAGAAACAGCAUCGUUGUUUGAUUCUGUUGGAUUAAUCUCACCAGUCAUUGUUCGAGCCAAAAUUCUGAUGCAGGACUUAUGGCUAGAAAAGAUUGGAUGGGAUGACCCACUAACUCCUCAGAUAACUCAUCGUUGGAAGACGUUCAGGAGUGAAUUGAUUGAUCUUGCAAGCCUCAAAAUUCCACGCUGGCUUAAUCUCACAUCUGACCCCUCACACGUCGAGAUACACGAAUUUUCGGACGCAUCACAAACUACAAUGGCUGCAGCAGUGUACAUUCAUCCAAAUCAGCAAUCAAAAGUAACUCUUGUUUAUGCAAAGACUCGAGUUGCUCCUCUCAAACGUCUCACAAUUCCACGAUUUGAAUUAUCUGCCGCAUUACUCCUCGCGAAGCUCAUCUCACGCACGGCAAAAGGCUCUCAACUUGAUCAACGUACCAGUUACUUUGUGGACAGAUUCAUUAGUCACCCUUGCUGGAUUAACAGUGAUCCCACUCGUUAUAAGGAAUUUGUUAAGAACCGAGUACGUGAUAUUCAUGAAAUCUCACUGUCAGCAGUGUGGAAAUUUAUCUCCAUCAAGCAGAAUCCAGCUGAUUGCGCAUCACGGGGUUUAAACCCCUCUUAA